AUGGCGCGCAGGCUCUGCACCACCGAGCUUUUCUCGGGGCGCCGCGUCGACUCGUACGAGUAUAUACGGAGGCAGGAGGUCCGGGCGCUCGUGCGUGGCCUGUUCCGGCGCGGCGGCCGUGCCGUCGCCGUCUGGGAGCACCUGGUGGACGCCACGCUGCGGAACGUCCUGCGCAUGUCCGUCGAGGAUAAGUGGUCGGGCUGCUACGGCAGCGCCGAGGGCGAGGAGUUCCGGCGCGCGCGUGAGGAGGUGUUCGCCGUGGCCGGCGCCGUGAGCAACGUCGGAGAGUGGGUGCCUUGGCUCGGGUGGCUCGACCUGCAGGGCGGCGUCCGGAGAAUGAAGCGGCUCAGCAAGGUCUACGACCGGUUCCUUGAGAGUAUUCUCGACGACCACGACCAGGAGCGGCACAAGGCAGCGAGGGCCAGCUCCCCUGCGGCGAGGGACUUGGUGGACGUGCUGCUGCAGCAGCUCGCCAAGGAGGGCGAGGCGGAUGGGACGUCGUCAUCACCUGAAGCCAGGCUCACGCGCGACGGCAUCAAGGCCUUUGUCCAGGACAUCAUAGUCGGUGGCACGGAGAGCUCUGCGGUGGUCAUGGAGUGGGCCAUGUCGGAGCUCCUGCGCCGGCCGGACGUCGCGGCCGCCGCCACCGAUGAGCUUGACCGCGUGGUGGGCCGCGGCCGGUGGGUCGAGGAGCGCGACCUCGCCCACCUCCCCUACAUCGACGCCGUGGUCAAGGAGACGCUGCGGCUGCACCCGGUGGGCCCGCUCCUCGUCCCGCACAUGGCCCGGGAGAACACGCUGGUCGCCGGCUACGACGUCCCUGCCGGCACGCGCUUGCUGGUGAACGUGUGGGCGAUCGCGCGAGACCCGACGUCGUGGCCCGACCGUUCCGACGAGUUCCGGCCAGAGCGGUUCGCCGGGAGCGCCGUGGACGUUCGUGGGCAGCACUUCGAGCUGCUGCCAUUCGGUGCCGGGCGGCGGAUGUGCCCAGCGUACGGGCUGGCGCUGAAGGUGAUAGGCACCGGCUUGGCGAACCUGCUGCACGGGUUCGCGUGGCGGCUGCCGGACGGGGUCUCGCCGGAGGACGUGAGCAUGGAAGAGCUCUUCGGGCUGUCGACGCGCAAGAAGGUGCCACUCAUCGCCGUCCCGGAGCCCAGGCUACCGGUGCAUCUCUACGCCGCCGUGGACUGA